AUGAGCGACAAUAGGGAGUUGUUAGAAGCCGGUAUCAGGAAUGGUUUCGGGAGAAAUUCGGCAUACUUGCUUGGGGUUAAGAAGGUGAACGGAGUCUUCAAAUGGCUCGACGGGACCCCCUUCAAAUAUACGAACUGGGACCGGAAAGAGCCGACGAAUAAGGAUGAGGAUUGUAUCGAGAUGUACACUCGUUACUGGAAAUUUGACCCCAGCCGCUCUAUGGACGAAAAUAUCGCAAAAACGUCGGGGCCAGCGCAGACGACACAGACUACAACAACCACAACAACAACAACUACUACUACUACCACUACUACAAAAGCAACAACAACACCAAAACCGACAGCGCCAACUACGACAACUACCACUACAGUUCCGACAACCACAACAACUGUUAUUUAUAAGGAUGGCUGCCCACUCGACUGGCCACGGGGAACUGGCACAGAAAAGUGCUAUAAGAUCGUAAUCGGCGGUAACCUGCAACAAACGAUCGAUAGGUGCAAGUCAAUUGGUGGUGAAAUGGUCUCAAUUUAUAAUGCCGCGGAAAAUCAGGUCUUACACGAUCAUUGGCGUGCUAAAUCGUCGGUUGGGGCCCAGUUUAUGCUGGGAGCCAAACGGGCAGCAAGCAGGAUUGUGUGCUGUACUGGGUGG